AUGCACGAAAAUAGGUUGGAUCAGCGUAUCAAAAAGUACAAGACGAUGAUGGAACUUGGGAGGGAGCAGCUGGCUGAGACCAGAAAGACGAAUUCGUCAAGAAUAAGGCAGAAAUCAACUAUUGAAAAAAAUAAGGCGAAAUUCAGCCUGUUCAAGGGGUUUAUGAUGACUGAGAUGCUCCAAGGCGCCGUCCAAACCAUCGAGGCUGAUCGAACCCGUGUUCGUGGAUGGGUGAACCAGAUGGUCACGAAGCACCACGACCUGAUGAACGAAACUACGAGCUACGACGACGACAUCGAGGCCACUGGGACGAUGGGUGGUCUCAGGCGACUCUACGGCAGAAUUGGUGGUGAAUCACCUGGUGAUUUUUGGCUAUUUGUUGAUCACUAUAUUGAUGGGCUACUUCUGCUUGAGCAGACGAUGCUGUACACGAAGAACGUGUAUAUCACGACAAUCUACAGGAGACUUGUUGCUGCACUGCGUGUGAUGCAUGGGAAGUACAACGUGCUGCUCUACAUGAGUGGAAUGACGAAUGUGAGUGGGGAUGAUCUGAUUCAGUUUGGUGGUCGAAUUGGAAUGGAGAUACAAAAUGAGUACGACAGAAUAUCAAUACCAAAAAUAGAUGAAGAGAAGUGGGCACAAAUUGUAUCAGGUGAAAAAUAA